GCAAGUCAAAAUUCACUGCUGUCUGUUUUCUCCUCUGGCAGGAAGACUGCAAGACCAGACCACGCCAUCCAGAGGAACAACUUCUGGAGUGCUUACAAGAAAUCUUAUUCCACACACGCAUACAGGUAUUUUUGGCCGGUUGGCUGAUCCCGCUGGAGACGAUUUACUGAAAUAGCGACUCGCUGACGACACCGGUGGCCAAACGGAGGAAAAGUUUACGGAGGACGCCAGCAAUAAAGGAGGAGGAUGUCCGUGAUCAGCGCCUUGCCUUUCCUGAAGCCCAUUCACCUGAGGCCUCCGCGGAGCUCGCCCGGACGCCAACGCCGCCACACGCUUCCCGCCAGCGAGUUCCGGAGCCUCACGCCCGAGGAUGCAAUCAGCGUGUUUGAGAUUGAGAGAGAAGCAUUUAUUUCUGUUUCGGGCGACUGCCCCCUUCACCUGGAUGAGAUCCGCCACUUUCUGAACCUGUGCCCUGAGCUGUCACUUGGCUGGUUUGAAGAAGGCCGGCUGGUGGCUUUCAUUAUAGGGUCCCUUUGGGACCAGGAAAAACUCAGCCAGGACGCGCUGACCCUGCACAGGCCCGGUGGCACCACCGUGCACAUCCACGCGCUGGCCGUGCACCGCACCUUCCGCCAGCAGGGCAAGGGCUCCAUCCUGAUGUGGCGCUACCUGCAGUACCUCCGCUGCCUGCCCUACGUGCGGCGGGCCGUGCUCAUGUGCGAGGACUUCCUCGUCCCCUUCUACCGGAAGUGCGGCUUCAAGGUGCAGGGCCCCUGCGAGGUCACCGUGGGCUCGCUGGCGUUCGUCGAGAUGCAGUACCCCGUGUGCGGCCACGCCUUCAUGCGCAGAAACAGCGGCUGCUGAGAUGGUGCCUUCCCCCAGCCUCCACGCUUCUCAGGCACUGUUAGGGCGGGCCCCCGCGUACAGGGAGACAGCUUAUGAACAGCAGCCACACUCACUGCAGACUUUUGUGCCUGCCUGGUGUUCCAGCUGGCUGCCUUUAAACUAGUAGCUCCAGGCACGGCCCACUUGCCUCUCAACUGGUCCUAGCGCUGACCCUGCCAUCGAGCUUACAGACCCAGAGCGAAAGGCAGCAGAACCACAGUAAGCACCCCUGCCUCUUCUCCAGGCCAGGGCUCAACAGGCAGGCUCCGUAAGGCUACAGCGGUUGAGUUUGACCUCCCCAGGACAGGGGUACGUCAGUUCUGGCUAGCCCGAGGCCUCCCCUUUAGCUCCUGGCUUAAAAGCAGCAGUGGGGGUAAUAAAGCUCUGAGAGCAUGUUAUGCAGUUAGGGAGGGGGGAAAAAAACAUUGCUUGAGAAGCAGCACCGCAUGGAUCAGUUCAUCGAUUCCCUGUUUUUGUUUUUUGUCAAAUGCUCCAAGGCCAAUAACAUGAGGCAGACACCUCUGGUGGUCUCUGGUGGGAAGAGCCAUCUGUGCCUUCUCAUGCUAGUUGUUCGCUGCCAUGUUCUGCUGUGAUGCAUUCAGUGGAAUCCGUGCUUGCGUGUUCUGUACAUAUGUGAGAGACAUUCAGCUACGCUAGGCUCCAGCAAGUCUCCCCCUUCCUCCCUCGCCCUCCUGCUGGUAUAGGUUGACAACCAACGGAAGUGUGAGAAAUCCCAUAAUAAUGUAGGCUCAGUGAUGGCUACCCCUGCUCCAACAGACUAGGGCACCAACUUCCAACCCAAUAUAGGAGAUACUGUCCCCAAACCACAGCACGCUCAAGGCCUGAGGGAGAGCAAAAUAUAACAUGGGACUGAAUGCUCUCUAAGGGGCCCAGCAAGGAGGCUACACCACUGGAUAGACAUUUCCAUCCACUCCCAAAUGGUCAUUAAGGGGUAGCUUUUUCAACAGAUCCUUAUAAGAUAUUUGUGGUCCUCAUCUAGUGAAAUCCAAAGCACGGCUAUAAUGGUUCCAGAGAAUCACAGAUUAAAAGUCAUUCCUAUCAGAUUGAUCUGAUACUCACACAAAAAGUUUUCCAAAAUCCAAAAAAGUGGCACCCCCAUUUAGUUUAUUCCUUAAGAACAAGAGGGUAUAUCAGCCCACUCUCCCUCACUCACCGCAUGGACCAGUGAGUGCUGUGUACAGACCUGAGCUCCUAGCUCAUGCCAUCCUAGUUCAUUGGAAAUCUGAAAGCCCCUGGGAACACCCUGUGCUGUUUGUCAGUUCUUUUGUUCAUCAGCAAAUAAAGGAUUUAUUUGUUGUGUUUUCUAA